GACUGAGUGCCACACUCGCUGACGUGGCCUACCCCAGCUGGAAGCAGGGCUCCAGCAACUGUAUCCUCUUGGCAGUCACUUCACAAGCAGCACACUCCACCCAGGCACCAACGCCCUGCUGCACAGCUCAGUCAGAGAGACUGAAGGACAAAGCUGAGAGGACAGGACAGAAGCCCAGUCAGUCAGUCAGACACUGUGUUCCCGACUGUCUGGCUGAACACCAGCCAUAUGGAGCUCUGCGUGCGUCUGGUCUGGCUGCUCAUAGCCUUUCCGCUGUUGGAAUCUGCCCUCAUGAUUUACUCCAAAAACUCUGGUCACUGUGUAGACCACGCAGACAGGACAGUGCACCGUCUCGGCUCCAGAUGGAGGAAUUCGGACUGCCAAAUCUGUCAGUGUCUCCACACCAUAGUGGCCUGUCGCAACAGUUACUCCACUCCACAGGUCUAUCCAGAUGACUGCGUCGCAGUGUUUGAGAGGGACAAUUGUCGCUACAGGUUACAGAAGAAGAGCAACCCAAUGGUGGAAUGUCAGGCAUGGAGAGAGGCUGGUGGUAUCUGUCUCCCUGCUGUUCCUGCUUAUUCACCAGGAAGAAUCUUACUGCUUAGUCGCAACCCAGAACAUAACUUGUACAGACAAUGGCGUCGUGUAUCCGCUGGAAGCAAAUUUGACAAAUUCCGACUGUAUGAGAUGUGUCUGCUCAACCGGAGAGAUCCACUGCUGUUCCACGGUCCCCAUGCCUGUAGCCAUCCCAGACGACUGUGUUGCAGUUUUCCAUCAGGAUCAGUGUCGCUACCACGUGCACAAGGUGAACGACAGCUCAGUGGAAUGCCCAGUGUUCAGCAGCGUCCUGUAGUAAGCUGAUCAUCGCUUCAGUUCCUCAGCAGAGAGGCACGAACCAACACCAGGGGGCAGCAUGGCCCUUCUGAAAAUAUCUGUCAAUAAACUAACUGCAUCGUGCUCAAA